AUGUUUGCAAAGGAUAUAAUUAAGCCUGUUGAUCCAUCAUUUAGGGAUACUCUUCAUGAGAUUCUAAAAGAUGCCAGAUAUCGCCCUUACUUUAGAGAUUGUAUUGGUGCAAUAGAUGGUUGGGAAGGUUCUGCACAUGAUACUAAGAUAUUUAUGGAGGCUUUACGUAAAUAUUAUCUUGUUGAUUCUGGUUACCCUACUUUUAUGGGUUUUCUAGGACCAUACAAGAAAACUAGUCUUCGAAGUAUAAUUGAACGUGCAUUUGGUUUAUGUAAAGCAAGAUGGAAGAUAUUGGGUAAUAUGUCACCUUUUGCUUUGAAGAUACAAAAUCAAAUCAUUGUUGCUUGCAUGGCUAUACAUAACUUCAUUCAAAGAAAUGACAAGAGUGGUGGAGAAUUUGAUUCGCUAGAUGAAGAUAACGAAUAUAUAGAUAGUGAUGAGGAUGAAAGUGAAGUUGGUCCUAGUACUACAACAUGGGAAGAAUCAUAUGCUUAA